CUAAGGAGGAGAUUGACAUGCUGAGUGAUGCUUGCACCAAGCUGCAGGAACAGAAAAAAUCACUAACAAAGGAAAAGGAGGAGCUUGAGGAAUUGAAGGGUGAUAUCCAGGAGUAUAGUGAGGAUUUGCAAGAAAUAAAAGAGCUCUCUAAAACUGGCCAGGAAGAAGUAGUGGAAGAGUCAAAGGCAAGCAAGCGAUUGACCAAGAGGGUGAACCGAAUGAUUGGUCAGAUAGACAAAAUUAUUAAUGAAUUAGAAACAAGUCAAAAGACAGUGGAUGCAAAGCUGGACAGUGGCGAUAGUCCUCCUGCUGGGGAGAAUCUCAUCAGUAUUUCUGAGCUAAUUAAUGCGAUGAAACAAAUUCAGAAGAUUCCAGAGGAGAAGUUAACUAGGAUUGCAGAGGCACUAGAUGAAAAUAAGGAUGGCAAAAUUGAUAUAGAUAAUGUUGUGAAGGUAGUAGAAUUGAUUGACAAAGAAGAUAUUGAUAUUGGCACCAGUCAGGUUGCUGAGAUUAUGGCACUGCUUCAAAAAGAAGAAAAACUGGAAGAAAAAGAGAAAGCUAAGGAAAAGCACGAUAAAGAAGCUGCGGAAGCAAAGAAUUAAGCUUCAGAGUCUGAAGCUAGUCCCAGUUGUAACCAAAACCUUGUAUAUCUUUCUGUGUCUAAUGGCUAUAUAUUACUUGAGCUUUUGUGAUUACGGGAAGUAUUUUGAGCUGAUUCUAGUAAUAAAUCUUAGAUGUGUUUUCUG